AUGUCAAUUAAACUUUCCCCAAAUGACUCUCGUAGAAAGUUGCUUUCUCUUAACCAACUCCUCGCGCCACAAGCAAUAAACUCCCAAGAAAAUCUUAUGAAGACAUCACUUAUCCAGCCUUUUAAGCAAAAAGUUACAAAAAACCCAAGAUAUUUCCACACCUCAAAUCAAAAAGGUGCAACCAUAGACAAGGAAAAAGCCUCAGAAGAAAACGCCAAAAUGAAACAGACUCAGAAUGGCAUUUUCGAGGAUAAUGUACGCAUCCAUAGCAAAUUGUCAGAUAAUGACAAAUCUGCGACUCUAUUCUUUAAAACUGAUGUUCAUUAUACUCCUGCAAUUACUUUUAUUUCUAAAGAGCCUUUAAAAAUUAUGCCACCAAGAAAACUUGAGCCUUUAAGCCACCAAGAUGCAGCUCGGCGUAACUCUUUAACAGACCAAGAAAUAGGCAGAAUUCGUGAUACACAAGAAAGCGAAAGUCCUGACAAGUCUCACAAGGAUUUCGAGGAACUAGUCAGCAAAUCUAAAAGACAAGAAGCCAAAAUAAAAGAAUUGGAAGACCAAUUAGUGAUUGAGAAAAACGAAAAACAAACCUUGGAGCAGAAUUUUGCAGAUAUGAAGAGCCAUAUUUCGAAAUUAAGUGACGAGUUGGAUAGAGAAAAAGACAAAAAUAAAGAAUUGCAAAAAGAACUUAAUAAAGUUAGAGAAAACAUCAAAAACUUUGAAAAUUACAAAGAUCUUAAGGUAACUAGCAGCUUGGCAAUUUCUAAUCAUAUGGAUUUAUUUAAAAGAAAAACAACUAAAAUCGUGGGAUUUGAAAAAGUUAACGAAGAUCCUAUGAGUAAAAUAAUGAAAAAAGACAUGAAAAAGUAUGGGAUAGUCACAGCAUUUAUCCGGAAAUUAAUGAUUUUUUUAAAAAGUCAUAGGAGAAAUGCAUCUGAAUUUAUAUCAAGCUUAGACUCAGAGUCAAAAAAUUUGUUAACAUAUGAAGAAUUUCAAUCGGCUGUACAAAAGUCUGGAUUUAGAUCAGCCUUAAACGAACUUCAAGCUGUUUUUAAUUUAUUAAAAGUUGGCGAGAAAAUAUCAAUAAAGUCUUUGCAUUCCCAGUUGCAAUCUGCAAUCGAUAAAGAAUCAGAGUACAGCUCUGAUAUAUCGUCCCCUCCUUCUCUAAUGGCCUCCAGUCAGCAUUCUUUUGCUAGCAUGCCAAUUAUUAUCCCAGACUCCAAAUUACAAGAAUUUUUAGAAAAAUUUCCCUCAAUUUUCAAUAUUGACCCAGAAAGCCUCAAAGAAAUUUGCAAAAAAAUAUUUCCUGAAGAGGUCAGAUUUGAGCAUAUAAUUAAGCUCUUUUUAUCAGAAGAAAUACACAUAGAAGACAUCGAGCUUAGAAAAAAAUUAGCCUCUUAUUUAAUAGGAGGAAAAGAAAUUGCUUUAAAAAAAGAAAUCAUUAGUAAUAUCAUUGAAAAACUUUUCGGAGAAAAAGAAGGCACUUUGGAGUUCCAGGGAGAGCUUACAGAGCCAAUUAUAGCACAAAUUGAAUAUAAAAGAGAAGAAUUUUUAGAAAAUUGCAGAGGAAAAGACAGCCAAAAAAGUGGGGUUUUAAGCUAUGACGAGAUCAUGAACAUUUUAGGAGAUUUAAAUGUGAAAAUUACUGAAAAUAAUAUUGAGCAGUUUAAAGCUGAAUUAUCAGCGAAUUUUGGGACAAUUGAUAGGAUUGUGUAUGAGAAUUUGCUGAAAGUGGAGCAAAAUUCGUAUAAUAGAGGCUUGACGUUUGCAAAGUAA